AUGAAGCUGUCCAUAAUUCGCAGUGCUUGUGGCAGUCUGCGGAUACAUCAAGCUCGUCCAGGAGGCAGGGUGAGCGGCUUGUCGCGGAGAUGCCCCCCGGUCUCCACUGCCAGCGGUCGGUUGAUAGUUCGAGCUGCGAGCGCUACAACUAGCAGCGGCACCAACCCAAAAUUAGCUGUUAACUUUGGGAAACAAUCCCAAAAAGAAGACGGUUUGGAGUGCGACAGUAGUUUGAGGGAAGUGGUUCAAAGUACCAAGGAAGCACUGGUGGCUCUGCAGAGAAAAAAUCCUACAAUCCAGCCUGUGCUAGCCAUUAUACAGGCAGGUGAAGAUGACAGUUUGCUGGAAACCAAUAAGAAAAUAGCAGAAAAGAUCGGCUUGAACGUCACUCAGAUUUGUCUGGCAAAGAAUUGCAGUGAAGAUGAAAUUGUAGAGGAGGUGUUGAAGCUGAAUGAGGACCCCAGGGUGCAUGGUGUCUACCUCCACCUUCCCCCUACUUCCCUGACUCAUCGAGUACUCAACACACUCAAACCUGGGAAGGACGUAGAUGGGAUAACAUACUUGAAUAUGGGCCAUCUGGUCCAAGGAGACCCAAACAAAGGCUUGGUGCCACCCAUAGCCAGUGCUGUUAUGGAUCUGCUGGAGAAACAUGAUGCUCCUUUGGAAGGAAGAACAGUGUUGAUGAUUGGAGCUGAAGGACCUCUUGGGGUUGCCAUGCAGUUCCAGAUAGAGAGACGUGGAAUGGUGGCACUCAAAAGUCAUUGGAGUUUCAAUAACCUACAGAGACAGGUGAUGGAGGCUGAUGCUGUGGUCCUAUUAGGCGCAGAGAAUAUUGAUAUCCCACCCACCUGGGUAAAACCAGGAGCUGCUGUCAUCCGCUGUGAGCCCAUCUUGGAGAAAGAUGAACAUGCCACUGAGAUGUCCUCAAAGUCCGGGUUGGGAUACCUCACAGCAGCUUACAGAAUACAGAAUGUGGUACGUAGUAGCAGUCGGUGGCUCCAGGAGCAGCAGUACCAACAGUGGCGGCUGCGCAGCCUCAAACUGCAGCCUCUGACACCAGUACCAAGUGACAUAGAGAUUUCCAGAGCCCAGGUGCCAAAGCCAGUGGACCAACUGGCUAAGGAGAUUGGUUUGCUGCCAGAAGAGCUUGAAGCCUAUGGCAGGAGCAAAGCAAAGGUCCGCCUCUCUCUGUUAGACCGCCUCCACACACAGCCUGAUGGGAAUUAUAUAUUGGUUGCUGGCAUAACUCCCACUCCUCUUGGUGAAGGUAAAAGCACAGUGACCAUCGGCUUAGUUCAAGCACUAUCUGCCCACCUUAAGCUCAACUCCUUCGCCUGUCUCCGGCAGCCUUCUCAGGGACCUACCUUUGGGGUUAAAGGGGGAGCUGCUGGAGGGGGAUAUGCCCAGGUCAUCCCUAUGGAGGAGUUCAACCUCCAUCUGACUGGUGACAUUCACGCCAUCACUGCUGCCAAUAACCUGGUGGCAGCAGCCAUCGAUGCCAGGAUGCUCCAUGAGGCAACCCAAUCAGACAAGGCCCUGUUCAAUAGACUGGUCCCUUCAGUGAAUGGAGUUAGAAGAUUUUCACCCAUCCAGAUCGCCAGGCUUCGUCGUCUUGGCAUCAAUAAAACAGACCCCGCAUCUCUCACAUCCCAGGAAGUCACCACCUUUGUCCGUCUUGACCUUGACCCUUCCAAGAUCACCUGGCAGAGAGUGGUUGAUACAAAUGACCGUUUUCUGAGGAAGAUCACUGUUGGACAAGCAAACACUGAAAAAGGACAGAUCAGAGAGACCGGGUUUGACAUUGCAGUGGCCAGCGAGAUCAUGGCCAUCCUGGCUCUGGCAGACAGCCUGGAGGACAUGAAAAACAGACUGGCACGCAUGGUGGUGGGGACCAGCCGCUGUGGACAGCCUGUCACAGCGGAGGACCUGGGUGUGAGCGGGGCGCUGGCGGUGUUAAUGAAAGAUGCAAUCAAGCCCACUCUAAUGCAAACCCUCGAGGGUACGCCAGUGUUUGUCCAUGCUGGGCCCUUCGCCAAUAUCGCCCAUGGCAACUCCUCGGUGCUAGCAGACAAGCUGGCUUUGAAGUUGGUUGGACGGGACGGCUUUGUCGUGACUGAAGCUGGAUUUGGAGCAGACAUCGGGAUGGAGAAAUUCUUUAACAUCAAAUGUCGGGCUUCAGGGUUGAGGCCUAAUGUGGUGGUGCUGGUUGCAACUGUUAGAGCACUAAAGAUGCAUGGCGGAGGUCCAAAUGUGUCAGCAGGUGCACCUCUUCCCAGAGAGUACAUUGAUGAGAAUCUGACCCUCGUUUCAGGUGGUUGCCAUAGCAAUCUGAGGAAGCAGAUCCAGAUAGCACACCUGUUUGGGGUACCAGUUGUGGUGGCGCUCAAUGUCUUCAAGACGGACACCCAGGCAGAGAUUGACCUUGUGUGUCAGAUCGCAAAAGAGUGCGGGGCAUCUGACGCUGUGCCAUGCCACCACUGGGCACAGGGCGGGCGAGGUUCUUUAGAGCUGGCCCAGGCUGUGAACGAUGCUGCCAGCAGACCCAGCAACUUCCAGUUCCUCUACGACUUAGAGAUGCCAAUAGUGGAGAAAAUCAGGACAAUAGCCCAAAAAGUGUAUGGAGCUGAUGACAUCGAGCUGUCUCCUGAGGCCAAGACCAAGAUAGAUUACUACAAUCAACAGGGCUUUAGUUCAUUGCCCAUCUGCAUGGCCAAGACCCACCUGUCCCUGUCCCACAUGCCUGACAAGAAGGGUGCACCCACCGGAUUCGUUUUGCCAAUCAGAGACGUUCGUGCAAGCAUCGGAUCUGGCUUCAUCUACCCACUUGUGGGAACGAUGAGCACCAUGCCCGGCCUGCCAACCCGACCGUGUUUCUACGACAUCGACCUUGACCCGGUCACAGAGGAGAUCACUGGGCUCUUCUGAGCGAGCUCUCUAAAGGCUCUGCUGUGUCCUCAGGAUCCUCAGCUCCAUGUGUGCACUC